UAUGUGGUUUUAUUAAAAAGUAAUAAUUUAAAAAGAAGCACAUGUUACAAGUGUGUAGAUAAUCCACAACAAUCCAAAACACACACACUUAUUUAUUUGUCAUAUUUCAUGGUUUGAUUCAUCUCAAAUUUACGUGUUGCUGAUUCUCAAGGUUAGCACGAUGUCUUUCUUAGCUGCAGUGAACAUUGGGAGAAGAGGAAUUCGUCGUUUUAGCACAGCAAGUAAAAUUCCAAAGAGUUUAGAGGGCGGACAGCAGCGAGUCAUCGAUGCAGCGCUUGGUCUCGUUCGCGAGCAGGCAAAACUUAAGGGAGAGCAAGUGAGGGCAUUGGGUGGUGCUAAAGCUACAACAUGUCUUCUUGGAGUUCCUCUUGGACAUCAUUCAUCAUAUCACCAAGGUCCACAAUAUGCUCCACCAUUCAUACGAGAGGGAAUCUGGCAUGGAAGCUCAAAUAAUACUACAGAGGCAGGUGUGGUGUUGGAUGACCCUAGAGUAAUGGUAGAUGCUGGUGAUAUUCCUAUUCAAGAACUUCGACGCUGUGAAGUAGAUGAUGAUAACUUGAUGCAGGUGGUCACUGAUUCUGUCAAAGUAGUGAUGGAAGAAGAUCCAUUGAGGCCAUUGGUUUUAGGGGGUGAUCAUUCAAUAUCAUUUCCUGUAGUAAGAGCUGUAUCUGAGAAGCUUGGAGGACCUGUGGAUAUACUACACCUUGAUGCACAUCCUGAUAUCUAUGAAAGUUAUGAAGGAAGCAUCUAUUCACAUGCAUCUCCUUUUGCCCGAAUUAUGGAGGGCGGGUAUGCUCGUCGUCUGUUGCAGGUUGGCAUUCGAUCAAUAAACCAAGAAGGACGUGAUCAAGCAAAAAGAUUUGGCGUUGAGCAAUACGAAAUGCGCGAAUAUGAAAAAUAUCGAGAUUACUUGCAGAAUCUGAAACUUGGAGAGGGUGUUAAGGGUGUCUACAUAUCAAUAGAUGUAGACUGUCUUGACCCUGGAUUUGUUCCUGGUAUUUCCCAUCACGAGUCAGGUGGUCUCUCGUUCAGAGACUGUAUGAACAUUCUCAUGAAUCUUCAAGGUGAUAUUGUUGGGGCUGAUGUGGUCGAGUACAAUCCACAACGUGAUCUCCCUAAUGGUAUGACCACACUGGUUGCUGCUAAAUUUGUAAGAGAGGUGACUGCUAGAAUGUCAAAAUAAAAAUGUUCCAAACCUGUGAAACAAGUUUAGUUAUCUAGCUUGAUCUUUUGGAACAUCUGAUGAGCCACUUUUGUUGGUCUGUCACUAAAUAAAUUCCCCAUGUCUCUUGUUGUAGUGAAGAUGGUGUUCAAUAAACGUGUAUGUAGUUCGAAACGGAUUGUUCUGUUGGUUUAUUUCUUGAUUGAAAUAUAACUUGAAGAACUCGGGUUAAUUAUGCGAAUUUAA